AUGACUCGGUUUGACGAGGAGAGGAUGCAGAGACAGGAACAGGAGCAGGAAAAGAUCCGUCAAGAGACAUGGCCUACUCUGGAGGGUAUCCUGCAAUUAACGGGACCAACUAUACCAUCAGCCGGACGCCAAUUCUUCUCUCCUUCUCCUUCCACUAUCCUCAAGGUCGGUGCCGAUGAAGGUGAAGACACCAUGACCGUGCUAGGUCGCUCUAUCGUAGGCCCUUCUGUCCCGCGCGUCGACUGCAUUGUCACCAUUCCCGCCCUGGAGUCACACUUAGAGCCGCAACAAGGCAUCCUCAUGUCUCGCCAGCCAGGCACACCGCUUGUUGAGAUCUGGCCAACACUCUCCCCUUCGCAGCGCAAGUCCAUCAAGGAGGAGCUUUCCCGGAUGCUUGUGCGUAUGCGGACGCCCAAGUUCACCUAUUAUGGACGUCCUGGGCGCCAUCCAUACACUCUCCUUGGUGUAUACAACAAAGAGAUGCAUACCUUCUGUGCUUCCCGCACAGAGUGGGACGAGUCACGGAUCCAGGCAUUGCGGGUAUCUGAAGCAGACGCAGAACGUAUAGCUGCCCUUGAGAAAGUGCAGCGUGAUACCACUGGCACCCCAGGCUGGGAUCGGCCUGUUCUCACGCAUGGAGAUGUAUCUGACCGGAACAUCCUUAUAGACCCUGACACACUCGCGGUGACGGGAUUUAUAGACUGGGAGAUAGCUAAUAUUAUGCCAGCGUACUUUGAGUACGCAUGUGCACGCCUGUCUGAAGGCCACGAUCCCGAGUGGAGAGUCGAGCUGUUGGAUGUGAUGAGGUCCGUUUUGCGCCGCGAGUGUGAGGCUAUCAGUACCGACAAGGGAGAGCAGUUGUAUCAGGAGACAUUAUUGGCUUGGGAUGCAAUGGUUGAUGUUGAGAGAUUUGCGCAGCAUUAUAACGAUGACUGCUGUUGGACUUUUGAGACCGGUCUGCCUGUUUCAUAG